UCUCCCUUUGCAGCGACACCAGUCGAAGAAUCCUCAACCAAAUCUCCAUCAACAUGUUCAAAUUGUUCGUUCUUGCUGCUCUUCUGGCCGUGGCUGCCGCCAAGCCCGGUCACCUGGCCGCUGCUCCUCUGGUCUACAGUGCUCCUGCCACCACCGUCGUCCAGGAGCCCGUUCUGGCCAAGGUUGGAGCUGUGGUGAAGAGCGUGCCCACUGCCGUUUCCCACCAGAGCCUGACCCAGGUUCACAGCACCCCCGUGGUGGAGGAUGUGGUUGCCCCCGUGGUCAGGACCACCGCUGUUCACUCCGCCCCCGUGGUGGCUGCCGCUCCCAUUGUCAAGACCGUGGCUCCCGUCGCCUACUCUGCUCCCCUGGCCUACUCCGCCCCGGUGGCCUACUCCUCGUACUCCGGCCCCCUGAGCUACUCGGCGCCCGUGGCCUACUCCGCGCCCCUCUCCUACGCCGCCCCUGCGCCCCUGCUGCACCACGCCCCCCUGACCUAUGCCGCCAGCGCCUGGUAAUUUGGUUAGGAACGAAAGAUUUUGAACUGUGCCUGGUUUAAUAUACUUAAAAAACCGAAACCGAAAAAAUAAACUAAUAU